AUCAGGGUCAUCGAGCUUUCCUCUGGCGAAAUUUCAGACCCACUGGAUUAUAAAUGGAAGACCAUUGACCUUGAUGACCCGCCAGAAUACGAUGUAGUUUCGUAUCUGCUUGGAACCAGUAGCAAGGCUACCAAAGACUGUAGAAUCAUCGAUUGUGCUGCAAGAACAUCAGGCUCCUCAUUCAAAAUCUCCGCGGAGUAUGACGCUGUCCUUCGCAAGAUUCGGUGUCAGACAAAUCGAAAGCUUUUAUGGAUGGAUGCUCUCUGCAUCACUAGAAACAGCACUUUCGGAAUUGAUCCCCAGAUCCAGCUCAUACCUCAGAUCUACAGAUUAGCUGCACAGGUCGAAGUUUUUGUUAGCCGAGCA